AUGCCCGCAGCGGUUGGUACGCCAAGAAAACGAUCAAGACAGGGGGAGGCAGAGGGCACGAAACAGCCUUCUUCGAGUAGGAGAGGCGCCAAACGUUCGCGACAAUCGAAUGGCCAUGAGGUCUUGGAUGAUGACGAUGAUGUUGCAAACGAGCUCCUCGACCUCGAUCACGGCGAUGACGACCGCGACGCAGAAAUUUCGCAACCUGCGCUUGUCCGUCUCGACAAAGCAAAGCUCACGAUCGGCCUCGACAGGAAACGUCAAGAAGUGCUGAAUCGCCUCUCAGGUCAUGUGACCACCACCGACGACCUCGUCUGCCUACAAGAGCAGGCGGUGACGCUUGAACAGACCCUCAAGGCGACUGUACAAAGGGGGGAGAGCAACAGCAUCCUCCUGGUGGGGCCGAGAGGCAGUGGAAAGGAUGCUAUCUUGAAGACGAGUCUGGCUUCGCUCGGAUCUCCAUCUUCCUAUCACCAUGUCCAAAUCUCAGCUCGGAGGUGCACGACAGAUCGCGUUGCGAUGAGGGAGCUGGCUCAACAGCUGAUCCAGCUCGGCGCUCUAUCCAUCGGCCAGGAUGACAAGCUGGACCUGGAAGAGGAAGACGAUGAGGAGCACGAAGGCGAAGAUCGCGAUGGGCGUCAGAGCGAUAUCAACAAUGUGGACGAGGAAGAUGAUGAAGAGAAGGCAGCGCUGGGUACGGCUGUCCUUUCAUCCCUUUCCAACACUACGUCUUCCAUCCUAUCGAUGCUAGCAUCUGCCUCAUCCUCUUCGACCAGCUCGUCAGCAAGACCCCUCAUCAUCACACUCGACUCCUUCGAUCUCCUGACAACGCGGCCACGACAAGCGCUCCUGUACUGUCUCCUCGACGCCGUGCAGUCGGGCUCGUAUCGGCCAGGUCUGGCCAUCGUCGGCAUGACGAGGAGGCCGGACACGACAGAUCUUCUCGAGAAGCGUGUCAAAUCGCGCUUCUCUCAUCGGAUCGUGCAGUGUUACCCUCCUAGUGCGCUCGAUGAGUGGAAACAACUUGUGGGCAAGGCGCUGAGCGCGGGCGAAGGACAAGAUGCGCAGCUUGAUGAGGCAUGGGCGAAAGAUGUUCAGACGCUCCUCGCCAGCGAUACCUUCACUGAAACCUUGCAAGCCAUGAUCGACGUCAGCAAAGAUGCUCAGCUGCUCUUCCAGUCCCUAUACCCGAGCAUAGCAUCACUGAGCCCAACAUUUCCCACCCUCUCGCCCCGCCGAUUUGUCUCCUCCCAAGUCCUCUACAAUGGCGCAAUCGACGAUCAAGACGUCCUGCACCGCCUGCCUACCAUGCCUUUUAUGCUUCUCAUCGCCGCCAAGCACCUUGAGCUGCGCGCCGAUCGGUCAGUUUUCAACUUCGAAAUGCUCCUCAGCGAGGUAACGACAUUCUCGCGAAGGAGUAGGAGGGAGAGAGAGGCGGCCGGUAUGGGUGGGCUAGGACUCAAGGCGGGGGAGGUGGUAGAGCCGACGACGCCGAGGGGACAGGCAAGGAGGCAGGCUGCAAAGGAGGUGGCCAGUGGAGCUGAAACUGGUGCCCACAAUGCCCGCGAUGAUCGACAACGAGCGAUGCUGGCUUUCGAGGAGCUGCUGUCCCUCGAGCUUUUCCUGCCAGACGCUUUCCUAUCGACCAUCUCAUUUGGACCUACGGCAGCUGCGACGGGCCCGCCUCCGCUUCCCAAAUCGACGCUCGUACCAGCAGCUAGCAGGGCGACAGUUGUGCGCCGCGAAUACCUGCGAGUACGCUCUGUGCUGGAGCCUCAUAUCGUGUCUGAGGUGGCCAAGGCGAGAGGCAAGAAAGGCACGCUGAAUACAGACAUCGUGCAGUGGGCGGUAGGUAGGACAGUCGCCUGA